GCGACCAUACAAAAGCCUGCAUGAUCCCCGCGCGGUCAAAGAAUCCUCACGCCAGAUCUUUCGUACCUCCUCAUAGAAGAGAGCAGCGGCUCCAGAGACAUCAUGCCUCAAUUCAAGCGACCGCAUCUCAAGGUCGAACAGCCAAAUUCUGUUUUCGCACAGGGUAACGCCAGAUGGACCAACAAAGAUCUCGACCCUGUCCCGAGGCACGAGCGAAAAUGGGGUGUUACUUCAUUCCUUGCAUACUGGAUCAGUGAUGCAUUUAAUGCGGCAACAUGGCAAUUCGCGUCAAGUAUAAUCGCAAUUGGCCUCACAUGGAGGGAGUCAUUGGGAAUCGUAGCGCUUGCAUUUUUCAUCAUUUCGUUCGUUAUAGCGCUUAAUGGAGCUAUCGGCGUAAUUCACCACUCUCCAUUCCCCGUCAUUGCGCGAGCGUCAUGGGGUUUCUGGGGCUCCUACGUCGCCAUCAUCUCCCGUACGAUUCUCAGUGUGUUUUGGUUUGCCAUUCAGACCAUGAACGGGGCGAACACGGUACGAGUCAUGAUCGGAGCGAUAUGGCCAUCAUUCCUUACGCUCAAGAAUACUAUACCCGAGGAUCAGGGCAUCACCACGAAUACGAUGAUAUCGUUCUUCAUUUUCUGGUUGAUUCAGGUGCCCUUUUUGUGCAUGCACCCCAACACUCUACGUUGGUUGUUCAUGGUCAAAAGUGUGGUCGUACCAUGCGCGUGGAUUGCCAUCUUAGGCUGGGCAUUUGCGUCCACGGACGGGGGCGAAAUGUGGAAUCAGAAGGCAACGAUUACUGGAAGUGCAUAUAGCUGGGCUUUCCUGUCCUCGCUCACUGCUGUCAUCGGAAAUUAUGCCACUCUGUCCGUCAACCAGGCCGACUUUUCUCGAUACUCUCGCGUCUCUGUGAAAUGGCAACUGAUUUACGUUCCAUUUCUCCCCAUCAUCUUCACAUUCAUCGCAUUCAUCGGUGUCGCCGCUACAUCUGCAGGAACGGUCCAUUAUGGAACUGUGAAUUGGGACCCAAUGGCCCUGAUCGCAAAUUGGGAAUCUCGCGCGGCCCGCUUCUUUGCUGCCUUCUCCUUUGCGCUUGCCGCCCUAGGUGUCAAUAUCUCUGCAAACUCUCUUUCCGCCGCCAACGACUUAAUGGCACUGUUCCCUCAGUACCUCAAUAUCCGCAGGGGCCAGAUCGUGUGCGCAAUCCUCUGCUGGGCACUUGUUCCCUGGAAGAUCCUUGAGUCUGCAGGCACGUUCCUAAACUUCAUGGCCGCAUACGCUGUAUUCUUGGGUCCUAUCGCCGCCAUCAUGGCGUCGGAUUUCUGGAUCGUACACAAGCGCAAGUACGACACGCUGGCUCUCUACCAACCUUACAGUAUAUAUCGAUACACUGGUGGCGUCAACUGGCGCGCCAUCACCGCUUUCCUCAUCGGCGUUGCACCCAACCUGCCAGGCUUCAUCAGCAGUAUUAAUCCUAAGAUUGAUACCGGUGUAGGAGCUCGCCCGUAUGCCUUCGGUUGGUUGCUGGGAUUCUUCAGCACUGGUCUCGUGCAUGUUUCUUUAUCGUUGUUGUUCCCGGCCAAGGAAACAUUUAUCGCAAAGAGCGUGACACCGGAUGAUAUCUAUGACGCCAAUGGCGAAGUCGACGGUGUAAGCAUUGGAAACUCUGGAAGCGGCGAGGAAAUGGGAGCAAGCAACGAGAAGGCAGGCUGGAAAGCCAGGUUGGAUAGAAUCUUGUAGAUUAUCAUACCCUCGAGGGUUGCACAUGUAAAUGCAUCUAGACGGCACAGGAGAUCAAGGAACAAUAAGGUUCUUUCAGUAAUUCAAUCUAUUCGAU